AUGUCGACCGGUCCCACUUAUCCGUCGUCUCUCAACGCGGCCGACGACAACGCGAACCGAGGGCGCCGGACGUCAUUUUUCUCGCUUUCUCCUACCCACCACUCGGAAAACGACCUCACAUCAUUAGACGCGGACGACGACUUCUGCGAUCCGUUGGAUUACAUGGUGGAGGACACGCGGUGGGAUUUAUCCCCAAAAACAAUGAAUGCGACCGCAAACGGGGGGAAUGAUCAUCGUCAAAACACACCGCAAGCCGCAUCUCCCAGCAUGAAUUACGACGACAAUGAAAGAGAUAAUAGCGCCCAUGAGCAACAGGAUCGUGAUGAUACACAAUUAAGUCUCGAUUCAUUACCUCCGUUACCCGAUCACGAUGAUAGCAGUCUCGAAGAACGCAGCGACCACGGCCGCGCGGAGAACCAAACCUUUCUGGAAGAGAACGAGAUGCAGAAGAAACUGAUGGACAUGGAGUCUAGCUUUCUACCAGAACCUUCGACUAUUGAGGUUGCUGCCGCGGACCGUACCCCGGGCGCUGACGAUACAUAUGUGGUUGGAGCGUUGGAUGAGGAGCCUGCGUUAGAUUUUGCAGAGCCAUCCUGGGCGGCACCAGACGAUUCUAGCCACGACCUAACAUCGACAAACAGCGGUGUUCCCAUUCCUCCUAGCCCCGGCAUCGGACCCACGGAAGAUAGCACAUUGAAUCUGGAUGCCACACCAGCAGUAUCUGGGGAGCAAUACGGAGAUAAUACAACGAUGUUGGAAGCGAUCCCGUCGUCCCCAGCUGCCGCGGCGGCAGCUCGAAUGGGCAGUCGGAAUCAAUCUUUGUUGCAUGAAAAUGUCGAUGGAGUGAGUCAGCAGGAACCCAGUCAGCUUUCUCAGGAAUAUUCGGUCGGCCAGUCCUCAAUAGAGAGCGCCGAUCAAUAUUUACAAUCAGCGCAGGAUUUCCGAAACGAAUCUGCAACGCAUUCUAGGAUAUUCAGUGACACCACUACCACCGACGCGGACAACGCAUCUCGCACGAGUAGCCGAAGGAGUAGCCGUCCUAAAUAUUUGAACAGUCGUCAAUCCGCGAACCGGCUUUCGUAUUCUUCCGCGGCAAGUGGUGCUACUGAAGGGACUCGCAGUGAUGCAACCUUAGGUGCUGCGGACUAUGCGCUCCAAUCCGGGGGUGCCGCACCCAACCUGACUGUGGGGUCUCGCCGCAACAACUUGGCUAGAUCAGUGAGUUUGGGAAGUAUGGCGUCUGGGAUAUCGGGAUACAGUGACGAGAACAUUAUGAAUAAACGAGACAUGAGUGGAACUACAGAUAGCGGCCUUCACACUUUAGAUGAGGAAGAGGGCUUGCAAUCACGUCCCGUUUCAUCGCAUCAACAACAAUCAGAGCAACAAUCGCAAUCAGAAUCUACUGACGAAGCCUCUGGACCAAUGACGCCCAAGGCUAAACCUCGCGACCAAGGGUUUCCGACUGAUACCGUAAUCACGGAACGAGUUAAAGAUGUCCAAAUCCCGAGUGCUUUUGUGAAGCAAUACCGCGAAGACUUUGGUCAGGGGCCGUCACCCGACAAGCGAGGACCUGGCAUGACCCCCGGUUUCGCGCGCAGUGGACGAUCAUUGACACUGAAAGAGCAGAGCAGCACAAUUGACCGUCUUUCGAAAGAAAAUUUUGACCUGAAAAUGCGAAUACAUUUUCUCAAUGAAGCUCUAAACCGUCGUUCGGAGGAAGGAGUCAAGGAGAUGAUCUCCGAAAACGUCGAGCUAAAAUCUGAUAAAUUGAAAUUACAGAAGGAUAACCAAGGGUUGAAACGGAAGAUACGCGACCUAGAGAAGCAGAUCAAAGAUCAGCAGUCUGAUAAAGAGUCGAUGAAGAACCACGACCCUGAAGGCUCUGACGAAGAUGACCGUGAUCACGCUCAUGAUGAGGAAUUGAUAUACCUGCGGGAGCGGGUCGAGGCAUACGAGCUUGAAAUUGAGCGGUUAAGAUCUGAAAGUAUGGCGAGGGAAGGCGAGAAACGGAGAUUGGCCGAAAUGGUUAAAUCACUAAAUGAUGGGAGGCCUGUUGGGUCAGAUUCCGGAGCAAGGGAGGAAAGGGAUAUGUGGAAAGACAUGCUCGAGGCGGAAACCGCAGCUCGCGAGCAGGCUGAUGAUGAGAACAAGAGAUUGCGGGAAGAACUUAUGCGCUGCAGGAACGAGACGAGCUUCUCCAUACCACCGAUAGCAUCUUUGAGGACUGGGAACCGGGACCGUGGAGGCUCUAUGGUAUCGUAUUCAGCCGCUUCUGACAGGGACAUGCAUCGCAAUGCUGCAACCGGCAGCUCUUCCAGUUCAACCCUUGUAAUGGAAUAUGAGUUGUUAAAGCAGGAAAAUGCGGAGCUGCGGAGAGAGGUCAGCGCCCAGACUUCAAUGUUGACAUCCCGGAACCGGGAGAAGGAACGCUUAUAUCAGGAGAUCGAGGAGUUGAAGCUCGGUCAACGUCGGGAUCGAUCCAUUGCUGGCGACAGCAUAUUAGAACGGUCUGCCUCUAGAGCUCAGGGACGGCCACCAUCACGCUUUAGUGACCAAACCGGACAGUCUCCGGUUGACGACGCAGAGCGCGAAGAUUGGGAAGUCCGCAACGGGCAACUACGCGACCAGGUUUCGACACUGAAACUGGAAAACCAGGCUAUCCGGCAACAAGUCGACGAUUAUUCUAGGGAGCUUGAAGCACUGGAUAAAGCCUACCAGGCUGAUGUAGACCAAGCUGAAGAAGAAAUACAGAAUAUUCAGCAAGAACGUGAUCAGGCAUUGCAGAUGGCCGAUGAGAGGGAUGCAGCCUUCCAGGAUCUGAGAGCUGAAGCCCAAGAAGAGCUGGACGCUAUCGGUGACGAGCUGGAUCAAAAGGUCGAGGAGUGCCAACGCCUCACGGAAGACCUACGAACACAGGAUGAGAACCUAAGGGCACUGCAGGCAGAAAUGCGUUCGGCUAGCGAAGGAAUUAUUCGAUUGGAAGAAGAUGCACAGAAUAAUUUACAGCGGUACAAGGCCGUGCAGCAGGAGCUUGAAGAAUGCAAUGGGGAGAUGGAGUCCUUAGAAAAAAGCUUGUACGAGGCAAAUUCAAAGGUCCAGCGCCUCUCAGUCCAAAUCGAGUCGAGCCACAAUGAGAUCGCAUUCCUCCGAGAGGAACAAGAUGGCGACAAGAUUAAGAUUGGAGACCUAGAGUCCGAACUCAAGACAUAUCAGAUGAGCCUUCAGAGUGAGAAGGAUAAAACGAGGGAACUAGAAGAGCGCCUGGCCGAAGAAAGGCACCAACGCGAGGUUGUUGGAAGCAAAGAGAAGCAAGAGGUUCAGCGGAUUAUGAACGAACUAAACCGCGAGGCUUCUGCAGCGAAGGAAGAGUCUCGCAAGCUGAAGAAGAGCCUCUCGGCGCAAGAGAUCGAGACGGCUACCUGGAAGGACCGCCUCACUGAUUUGGAGAACAAUCUGCGAGAAAUACUCGGCGACAUCAGCGGCAGCCGGUCCAGCUUGAUAUCCAACAUUACGAAGCUGCAGAAGGAACUUGAAUCUACGGCUCUAGAGCUUGAGAGCACGCGGUCUACGCUGGACGAGAAGGAGUCGCUGCUACGAAACCGCGAUGCACUCCUCGAAAGUCAUGGACUGGAGUCCCGCAAGUUAGCCGAACUCCUUGACCGUGAACGCCACGCUCGUCGUGCAGACAAGCAAUCAUUCGAUCAAGCACUCAAAUCCCACCAUCAAGCAUCGCGGACCAUCACACAAAACAACUCUCGUAUCACCGAGUUAGAAAGUGCACGAAGCCAGGACCGCAAGCGUUUCACCGGCCUCGAACAACAAUUUCGGGAACAGCUCAAUGAGCGGAAUUCCAUGCUGCUGACAAUUUGGAAGCGCUUGUCCGGCAUGUGUGGACCAGAUUGGGCUCAUUCUAACAGCUUGAUCAACGGCAACUUACCAAGCCAGGAGGUCAUUGGGAAUAUUCUAUUUUGGCCUGGAUUUAGUCGAAACCUAUUGCUCGCCGUUAAAACUCUCGAGAGUGUGAUAUCGGGCUUCAAAUCCCGCGUUAAGGAUGUUGAGCGGAAUCUCACAAAGCAAUAUCAAACCCUUGAGCAUGCCUUUGGUUUGCGAAUUAAAAAGCUGGACAGGUUGGAGGAGACGACAAUGAACAUGCGCGCCCAAUUGCAAACUCGAAACCAAACCGGACUCUCACCUGAGUUAUCCAAACUUCACGGCGAGAACCGACUGUUGAAAGCCGAGCUCAAUCUCCUUCAGACGCAUCCGCGUAGCCGUGGCACUGGCACAGCCGAUAUGGUAGGCUCACCCCGAGCGUCGACCAUCGAUGUAACAGAACGUGGCCCGUUAGUCCGCGCCAAUCCAACUGCUGAUUCGUCUCCCAAGAGCAUUGCUCGAUCCGGCAUCCCGCAGCCAUCCCAGAUUUCAACAUCAACAGCGCUAGCUGAAAACACCGGCGCAGUCGCGCGUCCACGGCACAGAUCAUCAGAACCGGGUAACCAAGAAGUAUGGAUAAAACGACUGCACGAACUAGAAAAGAGACUCAAAGGGGAACGCGAAGCGCGCCUUUUGGAUCGCAGUGGAGCUAGAAGACGUCUUGAGGAGCGUGAUGCCGAGAAUAAGCGGCUCCGCGCACAGCUAGACAGACAACGCCUCCGCAAGGGCAUCUCAAGAGAGGUUUCCGCUGAUGAUGGGGCCCACGGACCUGGCUCUGACCCCACCACCGGGGAUGAAGGAUAUAGAGAUCAGGGCGAGGAGCACAGUUCGAGUGAGGGUGAGGGCAUUACCGUUGACAUUGAAGUUUGA